UUUUUCCCCAUUUUUCCCCGAUUAUGGCAGGAGCGGAAAUUAAACAAGCGCAGGAGCAUGCGCAAGCACACAUGGAAUCCGAAGAGCCUCGGGCUGCUUCUGGCCCCGAAGAGGGCAAACCUCUGCCCUCCGCAGACAACCGGUAAGAGCAGGGCCAGGGCCAAGAACAAGUCGUGGCGCCAUCCAGACUCGAAAGUCAGCGGUCGUAUCGAAUCGUCGAGUUCUCGCCUGGCGACCCGACCAACCCUUUGAGCUUCUCGCGCGCCAAGAAGUGGUUCCUCACCUCCAUCGUCACAUUUUCCAUCCUCUCCAUCACCCUCACCUCGUCCGCCUAUUCCUCGACGUCCGCCCCGGUCAUGGCCGAGUUUGGUUCCGGCCCCGAGGUGGCCGCGCUGGGCGUCUCGCUCUUCGUGCUGGGCUUCGCCAUCGGCCCGGCACUGUGGGCACCACUGUCGGAGCUGUACGUCCGCAAGAUCCUCUUUGUCAUCACGCACGGUGUCGUUGUUGCCUUUGUCGCCGCCACGGCCGGCUGCAACUCGACGGCCUCGCUGCUCGUCUUCCGUUCCCUCGCCGGCACCUUCGGCGCAUCCACAAUGACCAACUCGGGCGGUGUCGUUGCCGAUCUCUUCCCUCUCCUCCGUGUGCCGCCUACAAUUGAGGGUGCAUUCGCCACAAAGGUGUGGCUGGGGCUAUAAGUCCCCUCGUUAGUUGGUAUGGAGAUACCCCCGCAGGAUCGAGCCCACGCCUAUGAAGCGAAGUUUCA